AUGUCUCUUCUAUUACGAAGACCGCCUGGACGUGAAGCUUAUCCAGGAGAUGUUUUUUAUUUGCAUUCACGCCUUUUGGAAAGAGCCGCUAAACCAAGUUCUUCUUUAGGUGAAGGAAGUAUGACUGCUUUACCAAUAGUUGAGACCCAAUCGGGAGACGUUUCGGCUUAUAUUUCUACUAAUGUAAUUUCCAUUACAGACAGACAAAUAUUCUUAUCCGCCGAUCUAUUCAAUGCUGGAAUCAGGCCUGCUAUUAAUGUGGGUAUUUCGGUCUCUAGAGUAGGAUCCGUAGCUCAAAUUAAGGUUAUGAAACAAGUAGCUGGUAAAUUAAAAUUGGAAUUGGCGCAAUUCGCAGAAUUAGAAGCCUUUGCGCAAUUCGCUACGAUAGAAAGACUACCUCAGAGUGCGAGGCAGGCACUUUUCCUUUACUACGAUAGAUGA